GGAACAGUACCAUAGUUACAGUUACAAGCUCGGCUGGUCAGGGCAUUGUGAAUGCUGUUUAUAAGAUAGAAACAUCUUCAAAAGAAACAAAUAAAAAAACUGGCAACCAUGAGCACUUUCACUCCAGAGGACUUUGGCUUCACCUUCCUGAAGGAUGGGACUUCUGUCCAGGACUUAAUCGAUCAGAGGAUCAAGGCGUUGUCUGCGUCGGAUGCCAAGGAUGCCUUCUACGUGGCGGACCUGGGGGAGGUAAUGAGGAGGUACCUGUUGUGGGUACGUGAGAUACCUCGAGUCACGCCCUUCUACGCUGUCAAGUGCAACGCAAGCCGCCCCAUUGUCAGGACGCUCGCCGCUCUGGGGACAGGGUUCGACUGCGCCAGCAAGUAUGAGAUGCAUCUCAUGAUGUCUCUCGGGGUGGACCCCAGCAGGAUCAUCUAUUCCAACACCAUCAAGCAGCCCUCCAACCUCAAAUACGCCACUGCCCAUGGGAUCCAGAAGAUGACCUUUGACAACGAGGCCGAGCUUGUUAAGAUCGCCCAAUGCUGUGAAAAUGCCAAGCUGCUCCUCCGCAUUGCCGUGGAUGACUCGGGUUCCAUGUUGACAAUGAGCAAAAAGUUUGGGGCGAAGCUGGAGAGAUGCCCGGAGCUCCUGAAGCAAGCAAAGAAGCUGGGGCUGGACGUCAUCGGGGUCAGCUUCCACGUGGGCAGCUACUGCAUGACCCCAGUGGCCUACACGAAGGCCAUCACAAAUGCCCGUGACGUCUUCGACAUGGCGGCAAAGAUUGGCUACAAAAUGACCCUUCUGGACCUUGGUGGAGGAUACCCUGGGUUUAGCCUUCCCAAUAUUUCUCUAUUUAAGGAGAUGGCGGUUGACAUAAACAAAACACUGGACAAGUACUUCCCCGUCAGCACCGGAGUCCAAAUAAUCAGCGAGCCGGGUCGCUUCUUCCCAUCAUCAGCCUACACGCUGGCUGUCAAUAUCAUCGGUAAGAGGGUGGACAUGGAGAAGUCGGCCUAUGAUGGCAAAGAAGACGGGGCCAACAGUAAGACUAUUAGUUACUAUGUGAAUGAUGGCAUCCACACUUCAUUCGGAAGCGUCAUUUUCCCCUAUGCCUAUGUCCUGCCAAGUACACACAAGAGAAGCAAGCCAGGUGAGCGCUUCUACCCCAGCACCAUCUACGGACAGACCUGUGAUGGGCACGACCAGAUUGUGGAAGAUUACAGCCUGCCAGAGGCACAGGAGGGUGAAUGGAUGUUGUUCAACCACAUGGGAGCCUACACUGUCACCACCAUGACCGAAUUCAACGGCUUCCCAAAGCCUGAAACCCAAUUUGUGAUGACCCGGAAAGCAUGGCAAAGGGAUGAUAACACACGGGCAGUCCAAAUAAAAACAGAAUCCAGAAACAAAAACCGAUAAACCAAACAGGAUCGAAAAACUAUGGAUCAACUCAAUGCAGAAGGAUGAAUCAGAACAGAAAUCUGCACAGAAAUAAACACUGGUGAGUAUGGUCAUGACACAUAACAAUCUGGCUACGAAAGACAGAAACAAAUGGGUUUAAAUACACGCAACUAAACUCGGAUCAGAACGAGACACGUGGAAUCGAUGACGGCAGAUAGGAAGGAAGUACAUAUAAGGACUGGGAAGGCGGAGACAUGAAACAAGACACAGAUUAAAUGAAUGAAUGAAUGGAACAACCUGGAAACAGACUACGGUAAGUAAAGAGGGAAUGAAUACACAGAAACACGAACAACUUAGACAAAAACUGACAAUGAAAACACAGAACCUGCCAAACAUUUAUUUUACAGGGAAGGUGGAUGAAAAUUGACAAAAACAUGCUGGAAUGCGAGGGUGCCAGCUUUUGCUGUGCGGCUGAUUUCGGUCUCU